GGGCGGGAGGGAGGAGAGGGAACCAGUGGUGGCCCGGCUCGCGCCUACUCGGGCCCAGCAGCAAGCGGACAGCAUGCCGAGCCUCCUCAUCUGGAUCCUCACUCUCUCCGACACUUUCUCUCAAGCAGGGCUUUAGGAAUGCCUCUGGAGAGCUAUAGCACAUGUCUAAUGAACUGCCAAUCAAGCCUGCUCCCCAAGAAGCCCAGGUUUCUGAAUCAGAAGAUGUGGGCUCCACGCUUAGCCAUUGCUUAUCUCAUCUCUGUGACUUUGGUUUUGGCUUUACCUGGGACCCAGACUCGCUUCAGCCAGGAGCCAGCUGAUCAGACUGUGGUGGCUGGACAGCGGGCUGUGCUGCCGUGUGUGCUCCUCAACUACUCUGGGAUUGUACAAUGGACCAAGGAUGGGCUGGCUCUUGGCAUGGGCCAGGGCCUAAAAGCCUGGCCACGGUACCGGGUCGUGGGCUCUGCGGACGCUGGCCAAUACAACUUGGAGAUCAUAGAUGCCGAACUCUCUGACGAUGCUUCCUAUGAGUGCCAGGCGACAGAGGCUGCACUGCGCUCCCGGCGGGCCAAACUCACAGUGCUCAUUCCUCCAGAGGACACAAAGAUUGAUGGCGGCCCUGUGAUUCUGCUGCAAGCAGGCACCCCCCACAACCUCACAUGCCGAGCCUUUAAUGCCAAGCCUGCUGCCAACAUCAUUUGGUUCCGUGAUGGGACACAGCAGGAGGGGGCUGUGGCUACCACGGAACUACUGAAGGAUGGGAAAAGGGAGACUACAAUCAGCCAGCUGCUCAUUCACCCCACAGACCUGGACAUCGGUCGCGUGUUCACCUGUCGCAGCAUGAAUGAGGCCAUCCCCAAUGGCAAGGAGACAUCCAUUGAGCUCGAUGUACACCAUCCUCCUACAGUGACUCUGUCCAUUGAACCCCAGACAGUGCAGGAGGGCGAACGAGUCAUCUUUACAUGCCAGGCCACAGCCAACCCUGAGAUCCUGGGCUACAGGUGGGCCAAAGGGGGGUUCUUGAUUGAAGAUGCCCAUGAGAGUCGUUACGAGACAAAUGUUGAUUAUUCCUUCUUCACGGAGCCUGUGUCUUGUGAGGUCUACAACAAAGUGGGGAGCACCAACGUCAGCACUUUGGUGAAUGUUCACUUUGCCCCACGGAUUGUAGUUGACCCAAAGCCCACAACCACAGACAUUGGCUCUGAUGUGACCCUCACCUGUGUCUGGGUUGGGAACCCCCCACUAACCCUUACUUGGACCAAGAAGGACUCAAACAUGGGGCUCAGGCUUCCUGGCUCCCCACUCGAGGCUAAUCUCUCUGCCCAGGUCCUGAGUAACAGCAAUCAGCUGUUGCUGAAGUCAGUGACCCAGGCAGAUGCUGGCACCUAUACCUGCCGGGCCAUCGUGCCUCGAAUCGGAGUGGCUGAGCGAGAGGUACCACUUUAUGUAAAUGGACCCCCUAUUAUCUCCAGCGAGGCGGUGCAGUUUGCUGUGCGAGGUGACGGUGGCAAGGUGGAGUGCUUCAUUGGGAGUACCCCACCUCCGGAUCGAAUUGCUUGGGCAUGGAAGGAGAACUUCCUAGAGGUGGGGACCCUGGAGCGCUACACUGUGGAGAGGACUAACUCAGGAAGUGGUGUGCUGUCCACACUCACCAUCAACAACGUCAUGGAGGCUGACUUCCAGACCCACUACAACUGUACUGCUUGGAACAGCUUCGGGCCAGGCACUGCCAUCAUCCAGUUGGAAGAAAGAGAGGUGUUACCUGUGGGCAUCAUUGCUGGGGCCACCAUUGGUGUAGGCAUCCUGGUCAUCUUCUUCUUUGUUGCCUUAGUGUUCUUCCUCUACCGACGUCGCAAAGGCAGUCGAAAGGAUGUGACCUUGAGGAAGCUAGACAUCAAGGUAGAGACGGUGAAUCGGGAGCCACUCACAAUGCAUUCUGACCGGGAAGAUGAUGCUGCCAGCAUUUCCACAGCAACUCGGGUCAUGAAGGCCAUCUACUCGUCCUUUAAGGAUGAUGUGGAUCUGAAACAGGACCUGCGCUGUGACACCAUCGAUACACGGGAAGAGUAUGAGAUGAAGGAUCCUACCAAUGGUUAUUACAAUGUGCGUGCCCACGAAGAUCGCCCGUCCUCCAGGGCCGUACUGUAUGCGGACUACCGUGCCCCUGGCCCUACACGUUUUGAUGGCCGCCCGUCAUCUCGCCUCUCCCACUCCAGUGGCUAUGCCCAACUCAAUACAUAUAGCCGGGCCCCUGCCUCUGACUAUGGCACAGAGCCCUCACCUUCUGGCCCUUCUGCUCCAGGUGGCACGGAUACAACCAGCCAGCUGUCCUAUGAGAACUAUGAGAAAUUCAACUCCCAUCCUUUCCCUGGGGCAGCCGGGUAUCCUACCUACCGUCUAGGCUACCCCCAGGCCCCACCCUCUGGCCUGGAGAGGACCCCCUAUGAAGCUUAUGACCCUAUUGGCAAGUAUGCCACAGCCACUCGAUUCUCCUACACCUCUCAGCACUCAGACUAUGGCCAGCGAUUUCAGCAGCGCAUGCAAACUCAUGUGUAGAGGCUGGAAUCUGGCUGGGGUAUCUCUGCGGGGCAGAGGAGAAGGCUUCCCAGGUCUUCCCUGACAUUCAGGGACAUUGCUCAUUGCUCCUUUCUAGGACCCAGCCUUCCUCCUCCUGCUGUCACAAAUAAGGAGCAGGUCUCCCAGUAACACCCAUUCCAAGGACGGUGCUCUGGGCAUGCCCCAGUCUCCCAGGCCUGCUGAGCUCUUUUUCAGGAGGCUGUCUCUACUGACCUUGAUUCAUACCUGACCCAAGCAUGGGCACGGGGAAGUGGAGGUUGGGGUUGGGGGAGAAGGGGAUAGGAGAGGAGGAGAAAGGAGAAGAGAGCACAUAAUUUUAUCAUUUCCUUUCUGUCCUGCUCCUCUGAUCACCCAUAAGUGGGCAUGGAGAUAUGCUGAAGUGAGCAAGCUUUGUCCGAGGUGGCUCUAGUCCAGACAGCUGGAAUGCAGGGCAGUCCACAAGUCCCGCUCUUGAUUUCAUUCAUACCUUGUGUUCAUCUUUCCCAUCUCAGGGGAUUGCAGAUGGGACAAUGGGUUCAAAUCUUUGGUCAGUUGAGAUCAAAAUGCCAGUUACUGUGGUUAUUUACUGUGACUCUUUGAGUGCAGAGGGCUCCAGAAAUCCCCAGUAGCACUUCUCCCCUUCUUUUUAACUUUGUGGUGGACCAGCCAGAUGUGUCCUGGAUGUGAGCGAAGAAUGGUCGGGACCAUGUACUGGUCGGCUGGCCAGGGACCACUGUGUGUUGCAUGACAGAUCCCAGAUCCAACAGUAGUGGAACCACACAGCUCUACUACUUCAUGUUAUCCGUCCCACUUUUUGGUAUUAACUUUUGAGCUUUGGAGAAUAAGGUAGGGCAGAGGUGUCAUGGAGCUAUUUUUUUCAAAGGCAAUAAAAACCCUCAUUUGGAAAGAAAAGCUGUAGGGGUUUUCCCCUCCAUGCACAAGUCCCUAUGCAACGAAAAGGGGCACCUGUCCUCCAGCAGGCUCCUAACACCUUGCAUUAUUCUGAGUCUCCAAGCACUUUGAAUCUUAUUUUUUUACAUCCAGUGGUCAGACCUGCCUAGAUGUUAGAGUUAAGCAGUCCUGAACCUUGAACACUGCUAUCCUACCUUGGGACUCACCCUAGUUAGAGUUCACCUUGCAGGUAGCAUGGCAAAUGCUUUAUCCAGACAAAUUUUGGUUUUGUCUCAUCCUUACCCCACCCCUAGGCCAAUCAGAUGUUUUCCAUUUUCAGUGCCUUGAGCGUCAGGUUUGUGAUGCUGUCCCUGAGUAGAAAGCAGGAACUUGUGAGCUUCAGAUUGUCCUGUGUUAGCAUCCAAGGAGAGAUAAGGCUCUACAAAAAACUUUUUACUGAUCUAGAAGGAAUCCCCAGUGCAGAAGAACACUGUAGGCAUUGCAUUCCAUAACCCAUGUUUUCCCUUCCCGUGCAGCAUACACAUAACCACACACACAUUCCAUACCACUUCUCGUCUACCACCUUCUGACCAAAGAUAAUCUGUAACUCCUGUUUCAGCCUCAGUUUCCCAAGAAACUUCUGUCCAUCUGGAGUCUACUGCCAUCCUGGAGUCAACUGUCCACCCUCCUACAGAGACCUACAAGAUGGAAGGGAGUAUUCUCAGAAUUCUCCUUGCCUUUUCACAUUGGUCACCACUCAUCAGUCAUGUUUACUUUCAUGAGUUACAUGCUCAUCAGCCACGGUCCAUCACUAACCUUAUAGAUGGGGCUGUCGAGUGACUAUCUCCUUUCUGAGAAGGACUGGGUUGUAAAGGGCUCCAUUUCCAACCUGGCAGACAGCCUCUGCUUCCUCUUCUAUUCCAAUAAAUACAUCCACACAGAGUGGUCCUGUUCUGUAGCGUUGACAGGCUUGUCGCUGUAUUCCAGUUCAGAAGACUCACACUUGCAGAGCCUUUUCAUGAGAAGUCAGCAAGGCAAUGUGUUUACAGAGUAGGUUCUUGUGAAUAUGAAUUCAUGCAAGUUUUUAAAUUUUAUUGACACCUGAAACUGUGGGUGAUCUGAACACUUUAAAGUCUAAGUAGAGUGGCAUUUUAAGCAGCAAUACUCCCUAAAACAAUCAUCUUGUUUGGGGUUUGGCUUGAUUCUCAUAUUUCUCUCUGAUUUAAGCAGUAGAUCCCUCCCAUGCAAACAAGAGCAUCACUAAAGUCAAGCCCUGCCGGAAGUCUGUGGGUAUCAAGCACAGGGAGCAGCAAUGGAGACAGUCUCGUCUCCUGCCACUCAUAUUCUGCAAUCGGAGUCAGGGGUGGGCCAGGCUGAAUGGCCAGUGGGAUUGCAUGUCUAGGUAGUUGAAGGCCCCCUUAAUCACGGAACUCUACCACCUGCCAGUUGGUACCAGCAUAUUUGUACCCUGUUACUUGAUGAUGUUAAGCACCCCAAGUGUUAUUGCUUUAUUUGAGAGAAUAAGGAGUCAAGAGAUCCAUGAUCCCAUUCUGCAGCUGCCAUUUGCUCAGUAACCAUGAUCUGACCUCUGUUCUUGUUGCCUCCAAUUUUCUGGUCUUUACCUACAACUAUUCUGUGUUGGCUGUGCUCAUCUGGGGAUUGCCCAUCCAUCCAAAGAACUCAGGAAAAGUAAGCAGUCCAGGUGAGGGUUGGGGCAGGGGAGGCCUGCCUGUACCACAAGCUUCACCCUAACCCUGAGUGAAAUGGACCAAUCUGGGUUGUUGUGGUCAUGGUAGGGCUCAGUUUCCUCUGCUGUGGAUGCAGACUGCAGCAGCACAUAGGCUAUAAUGAAGCUGCCUUCCACAUGGUCUUCAGGGAUGGUCAUCUGGCAAAGGCAGCGCUCCCUGCUUAUCAAGCUGAAGCCUAUGGUCCCAGAAGUCAGGAGUGAGAGUGGCUAACACCUUCCUGUAGGCUGAAAGGGGAGCUGGUAGAAGAAGGGGUUUAGUGACUUUAACAAACUUUGCAUAUGCAAAAAGUUCUUGUGGCUCUGGUUAGGCCUUACUCUUUUUAGAGAGCCCAGCCUGAUUACUGAGUCCUGGGACUCCCAUAGUCUAACCACAGAAUACACACAAGGCAAACAAAGCCUGCCAUGAGAGAAAGGAACAUAGUCAGGGAAGGUAGCAGUGCACAACUCACAAAAUGUCUGGGUCAGAAUGAGAAAGAUGAGCUCUGUUCACAUGAUUAUGGGUGAUAGGCUUUCCUCAUGCUGGCAAUGGCUUUCCUCCUACGUGACAGGAAUUUCUGCCCUGUGGGAGGGAGCACACAGACCUGUAUUUUGUCCCUUAUGUUCUGUUCACAUGUGGGUGCUCCUGGGUUCCCUAAGAUGGAAUUGGUGGCCCCUGUAUACUUCACUUGGCCCACUACAUAGCAAUGUUAGGCAAUGGGGGUUAAUAGAAACUCCUGUUAAAGUCAAAGACCCUGUUUGGACAUGUGGAGUCUACUGGCUCACUCACUGCCUCAUCCUGCUGUGUGAGCAGUUCUGUUCCUAUGGAUGAAUUACAUGACCUCCCAAGGCCACUGCAGGCCCCGAAGAACUUGGCUUCCCUCCUAUUUUAUUUAUAUGGAAUCUAAGCCAGGCCCGCUGUGCACCUAUAGAGCCAAGGGAAUAGCUGGUAAUAUAACACUGAGGUUCACAGACCUCAAGGCUCCAUUGGUGAGCUGUUGACUGUUGUGAAAGGACUAUAAAACUGUCCCCUAAGCAUAGCAUCUCUUUCUCCCUGCAUCUGUCCCAUCUCCCCUGCUAUUUUUCCUUCUCUUGUAAAGGCAGUGCUUUCUGGCUAGUGCUGGGUAAUCUUUGGCAACUGGGCCAGUGGAGAAGACUGAGGCAUCUGGCCUGGCAGAGUAUGGAUUUGAGAGGAGGAUACAGCAUUAAAUUUGUCCUGCAUCAGUGAGGGAACCCCAGGGCCCUUUCCCAGAGGAAAAUAAUUGCUGCACAGAAGACAGAGGCUAUACCAGGAAGUUCUGGUGCAAACCUGCCAUUUACAAUUGUAAUGUUUUGUGUGCAUAGAAUGCCACUUACUGGUCUUAGUAGACCCCUCCAUCUUAGCUGUUUACCAUCCCCAAACAUUGGCCUUUGCAAACUGGUUGUCAGGUUCUUCUGUUGGCUUCAGGAGCUGUCCAUGGCCCCUGAGAACACCAGGACUCUUGGGAGAGAGCAUUCAAUUUGGUAAUACAACAAAGGUAGGCUCUUUAGCAAAAGUGACCAAGAAGGCCGUGCUGCCUCCACUUUUAACAGCCCAGCACUUUGGGCAUCAAACUGUCUACCCCAGUCAUUCCUGGGAUUGCAAUCUCCAUUUCUAAUGCCAGUUGAAUUUUCGCUACCAAAAUUCUCAUCAUAAAUGGAUCCAUGAUGAUAACUAAGAGAAAAAAGUAUUUUUGUUAGGACAAACCAUCAUAGAUUAUGUAUCUGUGUGUCCUUCACACCUUUUCCUAUUCUGACAUUUUUUCUUUUUUUAAAAAAAAUAUUGUGUACUAUAUUUUUAGCCUCAAACACACUAUAUAUUAUAUAUUUAAUUUUAUAUAUAUAAAUAUAAAUGUUUUAAAAAGUA